UGUCGAGAAGUCUCUGAUAACAAUUUCUGAUAACAUGGUGUUGAUGCAUGAUUUGUUUCAAGUACUGGGUCAGGCAAUUGUAGUUCAACAAUCUAAAGAACCUGGUGGGCGUAGUAGGUUGUGGCGUUCUAGGGACAUCUAUCCUGUUUUGAGGGAUAAUACGGGGACAAAAUCAGUUGAAGGAAUUGUCCUACCCUUUCCUGAAUCAGAAGAGGCAAAAUGCAAUCCUGAAGCAUUUUCCCAGAUGUCUGAUCUUAGAAUUCUCAAAAUUCAUAAUGUUCACCUUCCCGGAGGACUCAAAUAUCUUCCUGAUUCCUUGAGAUUUCUUGAAUGGAGAGGUUAUCCUGAAAAGGAUCUUCCACCAGAUUUUGAAGCCCAUGAGCUUGUUGAACUCAGCAUGUGCCAUAGUAGCAUUAAACAACUUUGGAUUGGUGUAAAGACUUUUGGCAAGUUGAAAGUCAUCGACCUUAGUCAUUCACUAAAUUUGACAAGAACUCCAAAUUGCAUUGGGGUCCAAAAUCUUGGAAGAUUAGAUCUUGAGGGAUGUAAAAGUCUAGUUGAGAUUCACCCAUCCGUUGGAGCUCUCAAAAAGCUUACUUCCUUAAAUGUUAAAAACUGCACAAGUCUACGGAUUCUUCCAGCAAAGAUUGAAAUGGAACUUCUUGAGGCUUUUAUUCUUUCUGGCUGCUCAAGUCUUAAAAGGAUUUCGGAAUUUGUGAGCCCUAUGGAGAAUUUAAGGGAGAUUUUUUUAGACAGAACUGCUAUUGAAAGUAUACCAUCUUCAAUUGAAUGUUUGACUAGCCUUUCUUCUUUCGACAUGAGAGGUUGCAAAUAUCUAAAUUGUCUUCCAAGUACCAUUGGCAAUUUGAAGUCUCUUAAAAGUUUAAAUGUAUCUAGUUGCCCAAAACUUGCCAAACUGCCAGAAAGCUUUGGGGAACUAGAGUCUUUGGAGGAGAUUGAUAUAAGUGAAACUUCUAUAAAGGAAUGGCCGUCUUCCAGUUUCGUUUUGAAGAACCUUAAAUCAUUAACUUUUCGUGGACGUAAAUCAGGACAACGAUGGUUUAUGUCUCUCCGGUUUCUAUCAUGGCCAAUGAAGAGAUGCCAGCCUAUGAGUUCGUUCAUGCCUCCCCUAUCAGGGCUCUCUUCUCUAAUGCACUUAGAUCUAAGUGAUCGAAAUCUUUUGGAAGGAGAAAUGCCCAUGGAUAUUGACUGCUUAACGUCUUUAGUAUCAUUGAACUUAAGUGGAAAUCAUUUUAUUAUCCUUCCUGAACGCAUUAGCAGACUUUCUAAACUUGAGAUUUUGUACUUAAGUGGUUGCAAGAAGCUGCAGCACCUUCCAGUCCUUGCCUCAGAUAUAAGCUUAGAAGUAAUGGCAGAUGGCUGUACUUCACUGAAAAUGCUGCAAUGCCCUUCAAAUUUGGACAGAUUGAAGUGGUCCUGUUUUAAUUUCAUCAAUUGCAUUGGAUUGAUUGACCAAGAAAGCUGCAAUGAUAUAGCAUUUGUGAUGCUCAAAAUGUACCUCAAGAGAGUUCCUUAUCCAGAAGAUAGAUACGAAAUUAUAAUUCCUGGAAGAAACAUUCCUUGGUGGUUCAGCUAUAAAAACUUGGGGAGUUCAGUAAGUGUAAAGCAACGUCCGCAGUGCAGUAAAAAUAAGUGGAUGGGAUAUGCUGUAUGCGCUGUUUUUGAGGUUUCAAGCAGCGGAUGGAACGUCACUUGUGACUUGAAAGUCAAUGGAAAAGAAAAGUACCCUGCGCCUUUAAUAGCAACCAAUGUCCAACCUGUAGGGGAACAUCUAUGGCUGUUCUAUGUGUCUCGUGAUAUCAGCUUCGACAGAGAGUGGCAAAACAGUUGCAAUCAGUUAACAUUUUCAUUCACAAAUUCAAGCUGCUGCUUUGUAAAGAAGUGUGGUGUCCGUUUGGUAUAUCAGAAAGAUGUGGAAGAUUUCGACAAUGUAACAACUCAAUCCAGCAUUGACAUUUCUCCAUAUGAGGCUAUGGAUGACAAAUCUGCAUCUGUGCACGGUGCCACUAUCAAGCGAAGUUAUAGUAGGGAAGGAUCUAGUGAAAGAGGGGAUGUGGAAUCUGAUGAAAAUUAUCAGUUUUUGGAGCAGCUUGAUACGCUGUCUGAAGGGGACAUUGCAAUAUUGUUGACAGGAUAA